CAGAGCGCUCCGAUGGGCAGUGGGCGGGGCGUGUCUUGAGUUUAAAAACCCACCGCGUGCCGUUAGAUCGCUCGGUGGAAGCGCAAGCCAAAUGUUAAAUGCGUCACGCGCACCACUACCUUGGCGCGCGCGCCGCGUCCUGCGGUCCUCCAAGGUGCCUGACAUGAAGGGAUGAUUAACGUGAUUAACCUGCUUUAUUGAAUAAACGCUGAAUCAGCUCGCGGAUCGGUAAAAGUUCAUCUACCCGCGUUAUUUGUUCCCGUUACUUCUCUUACCGCAGGCAUGCAGUGGUGCGCUCUUCACGCGCUCCUCUCUCUCACCUGCUUGGCAGCGUGUCUCCCGGGUCACCGCCCGCUUGGGGUCUCCAACAGUUCGUCGCUGCACAAGCUGCUCGCGCUCUCUCAGUCCGGUCUGAACGGCACGAGCAUAUACGCGCUGGACGAUGGCGCGCUCGCGGACUGGCGCUCUUUGGCGGGGCGGAAGCGCGAGGGCGCGGACAGGGAGCACGCGGCGGUCCGGGCGCUGCUCAUCUUCAGCUACUCGGUGAUCAUCGUCGUGUCACUGUUCGGUAACGUGCUCGUGUGCCACGUGGUGAUGAAAAACAAGCGCUCGCGCUCCGCCACCAGCCUCUUCAUCGCCAACCUGGCCGUGGCGGACAUCUUCAUCACCCUGCUGAACACACCGUUUACACUGGUGCGCUUUGUCAACAGUACUUGGGUUUUUGGCAGAGGGAUGUGUCACAUCAGCCGUUUUGUGCAGUAUUGCUCUCUGCAUGUGUCUACACUCACACUCACGGCCAUCGCGCUGGACAGACGGCAGGUGAUCCUGUAUCCUCUGAAGCCGAGGAUGUGCACCGGUCAGGGUGCUGUGUGUAUCGUCUUCAUUUGGCUCAUGGCGAGUUGUUUCUCGCUGCCACACGCCAUCUUCCAGAAACUCUUCACCUUUGUCUACAGUAAGAACAUCCUUCGCUCUUUGUGUGUGCCGGAUUUUCCUGAUCCGUCUGAAUUGUACCAUCAGUACCUAGACUUGGCAACCUUUAUACUCCUGUAUGUGUUGCCUCUUCUUAUCAUCACUGCUGCAUAUUCGGCUGUGGCGCAUCGUCUCUGGCGCCGCAACGCUAUCGGUGAUGUCACCAGCGAGCAGUAUUUCCUCCAACGCAGGAAGAGGAAGCGGACCAUCAAGAUGCUGGUGUUGGUGGUUCUGGUGUUUGCUGUGUGCUGGUUCCCAUUAAACUGCUACGUGGUUCUGCUGUCGAGUCACGCCAUCCACUCCAACAACGCCGUGUACUUCAGCUUCCACUGGCUGGCUAUGAGCUCCACCUGUUACAACCCCUUUAUCUACUGUUGGCUCAACCAGAGCUUCAGGGCCGAACUCACGUACCUACUUAGUAUGUGCAGGAAAGGGCGAGCCAGAGGGCGUGGCAGCAGCAGGCUAGGGGAGGAGCCAGAAGAAAGGCCACCGCCCCUUCACAGCUGUCAUAGAGCGGCCUGGCCAGAAAGCCACACCUCCUCACAGCCGUCUGAUCACAAAGAGAGCCACGCCCUCAGGACCACCUCUCUCAGCCAAUCAGCGAAGACCGACAUCCUGUCAGUGGAGCCGAUUGUAACCGUGGGCUGAUUACAUUUGUUUGUUUGUUUGUUUGUUUGUUUGUUUGUUUGUUCGGAAAAGAGAUAUGGCCAGCCAUGCAGUUGACCUUUAUAAAACACGCACAAUUUAUGAAUAUUAAAGAAUUAUAUUUACAGGGAAAAGCUUACAACAGUGUUUACAAAAUGAAGAAUUUCUGAAAGUUUUAUAAGCUACAAACGUAUUAAUGUAAAAGAAUUUAGAAGAAGAACUUCAGAACCCAGUCAUGAGCACUUUAACACAGGAUCGUUUCUAAUAAAUAAAUCGUUAGAUUGAUUCUUUAUAAUAAAUCCUUACAACAGGAUUUAUUAUAAAGAUGAAACGAUUUUUAUAUUGACAAAAAGAACUUUUUUACUGAUCGGGGUCUAUGUGUGCCGUGAGGAAAUGCUCUUUUCAGAAAAAAAAACUUGUCUGAUGUCUGAUUCUCAUCAUGUGAUCAAAGAUGUCUCUUUAGAAUGUGUAUAUCUAGUAUAUAUAUUACCCAUAAGGUUUUUUUUUGUUUGUUUUGUUUUGUUGAAUAUUUCUGGAUGAAUUUAUCAUCUUUUGUUGCAAAGGAAUUUGAUAAUCAAAGCAACUUUGGUCUGGUGUUGAUUAAUUCUCUCUAACAGCAGCUCCGACAGUAGCGCGUGUUUAUACUAUUGCACUUGUUCUGAUACCUUAUUGUUUCCAUGGUAACAUCUCAUUCACAGUGACAUGACAAACUGAUUCUGAGGACUGAGUGUUUACAGUGAAAGUGGAAUGAACAUUCUGCUUCCUUAUAUGUAACUGUAAAUGCAAGUGUCAUUCUUAAAUAAAUAAAACAUUUUAAUUCAU